AUCAAAUAAACGACCUAUGUGUAUUGAAAAUGAGGCUUCUGUCCCUGAGUCCCGCGGAUUCUAUUGAUAACUAUUAUUGUAUACUGUUUGUAGAUAAAUUAUUAUAAAUCGGUUGAGGACAAAAAAAAACAAACAAACGUUCAUUUUUGUAUAUUAGAUUAUUUUUGUUUAUUUUUUUAUACGAUCUAUGGAUUUAAUUUGAGGAAAUUGAAAAAUGUGUAGCUUAUUUAGCUCCUUUUGUACCCACAUAGUUAAUAUUUUAAAAUUGACAAUUUCCGAGUCAACUUAAUUAUAGUCUUCCGGUUUAUGAAUACUUCUAGCAUUAUUUAGAGGUCACAGAUCAAGCAUGUCAAUCACUAUAAAUGUAUUAAUAAAUUUAUUUAUGGUUGACGGUUGUUAUUCAUAUUGUCACUGCAGUUGAUAACUUAUAAAAUGCUGUAUCAUUGAUAUUACAAUUAAGCAUGAAAAACAAAAUUAUAGUAAAAAUGUUCAUACUAGUUGGAUUUUUUUCAAUGUCUCAAUCCAAAAACCGUUUUAUGCCAAACUUGCCUGUGGGAGAAUAUCGUGUGGUGUUUGAAAAAAUGUAUAAUUGUGCACCAACAAAAAAUAAUUCAAUUCAACUUCAUAUUUAUUUUAGUAAAAAGACAUCAAGUAUAACUGAAAUGAAAGGGAAUUUGACAACUUUGAUAGACUUUGACGAUACACUUAUACUUGAUGCAAACGUUGCUUCCUGGGGUUCAACUGGUGGAUGGAAACCAAAUUCUGUUGUUUAUGUAUCAAAAAAGGCAUGUAGUAUUUUUAAAAAUGUUGGAGGAAAUGCAUGGUUUUCAUUUAUUAAAGGUUUUAACAUUCCAGCCGAUAGCUGUCCUCUACCAGCGGGCACAUAUAGUACAGCAGGGAUUGAUUUAAAGAAAUUUGAAGAUCAUAACUUUCCCAAAGUAUAUUUUUAUGGAAAAUACAAAAUUGAAUAUAAAAUUAAAAAUGCAGAAAAUAAAGUACUUUGCUGCCUGGUUGUGGAGUAUAGUCUUGUACGACCAUGGGAAGUAUCGAUUUGAUUAAAUUAUAAAAAAGGAGUAUAGGUACAGAGUGUAAGAGAAAUACAUGACAAAAAAUAAAUAACUUGUUCUAAUCAAUAUUUAAACAUUUUGUUUUAUAUAUGUAUACAUAUAUAA